GCAUCCUGCUGCAUCUUCACAACUCGCAAAUCCAAUGAACUUUAAUUAAAAAUCUGCAGUGGGUGUUUAUAUCUCAUAAAUGUUAAUAAUGAGGAUGUGAACUAAUUAUCCCUACAAAAAUGUCGGUUACUUAGAACCAUUUUUUACUGAAUCUGUUAAGGAAAUUAAGAGAUAUGGACUUAGCUGAGACAAUGAAGAACGUCCUCGCCAAGGGGAUGCAACAGACGUCGGUUAAUGACCUACCGACUUCUGCAAACAUGGGCUUUCCUGGUACAGGUUAUGUCACAGAAAAAUUGUAUAUGUUACUACAACUGUAUUUGCAAAACAAGGGCUGGAACCCUUCGGUGGAAUUGCUCCAAUGUUUUACAGAACUUAAAGAGACUUCUAUGCUUCCCAGUGCUGCUUAUUUACAAAUGAUGGCAUCUAGAGUAACUCUAGACUCUCAGGGUCGAUUAAUUCUUAGAGAAAAUGGUAAGAUCAUAUUGCCUUUUGAACAUUUUGCCAAUGCUGUGAUGCUGAAACAUAUGAAUGGACCACAUGGAUUACAUCUAGGGGUUGAAGCAACUGUGAGGGCUGUUAUGGAUUCAUAUACAAUAGGCAGAGAAAAUUUCGGAAUGGAAAAGGAAUUCAUUGUAGAAGUGGUGCAGAAUUGUCCUAAUCCAGCAUGCAGAUAUUACAAAAAUCAAAUGGAACUCACACAAAAGACAUUACAACACUUGAAUGCUGGUUAUUUGGGUGAAUCUCAACCUGGGGGUAAUGAUUUACGAAGCAAAGCAGCAGCACAGCAACAACAACAACAACAGCAGCAGCAGCAGCAACAACAACAACAGCAGGUUCAACAGCAACAACAACAGGUUCAACAACAGCAGCAGCAACAUUUUGAAUUGCCGUUAAUGGAGCAUAAGAUUACAGACUUUUUAAGAGCCAAUUUGGAAAAUUUGGAUGGACUAUCUUCUGCCAAUAAAGAUUUAUUGGCACUCCACAAUGGUGCUUGGACACCCACAGCUCCCAACACGCCCUCUUCUUCAUCGUCCACUUCCGUGGAUAAAAAUUUAUCAGAGGGAGGUCAAGAAAAGAUCGUAAGAGCUUUCAGUGAGGUGAUGAAGAACAUGGCUAGAAUGAAGACUUACGUUCGUCCGGCGAUGUGUAAACCUUAUGGCAAACAAUCGGAGGCUUUGCAAAAAACACUCAUGGACACCAUCCAGUUGAUCCAAUCUUUGAGAAGUUUCCUUCCUCCACCACACAUCCAAGUAAGCUCUUGGAAAAAUGAAGAUAAACAUCGUUAUGAAGAAUCUUAGGUUUGUAGAAGAAGGUUUUGUACUUUUGAGUAAGUAUGAAUGAUAAACCAGUUGAUAUGACCAAUAUUAUUUGACAAAAACAAAUAUUCUAUGUGCCUACAGGGAUUAUAUCUCUUUUACAGAGCCUUCUUAAGUUAUAUAGAUGUUCUUAUAGAGUGUCCUAAUAAUUAAUGAUGCAUUUGAAUAUGAUUUCAUACAACCUGUGGGCAGAUGGCAUAUGUGUUUUGAUAAUACUUGUUUUUAAGAGUGGCCUGAAAGUUAUUGUGUAGAUUGUUUUCUGAAGAUACAAAAAAACCUAGAAAAAUAUUUUCUGAGGCUUUAGCCUUUCAUUUUUGAGUUAAAAUUUACCUGAAUCUGAGGAAAUUUAGUCUUCUCAGUAUAUUUUCUGUAUAUUUUACUAAUACAUGGAUUAUUUACUAUUCAAGUGAUUGUACCUUCGUUUUGUACCAGAUAUGGGGGAAAAUAGUCAAAUUGUUCCGAAAGGAUUUUAGCUAUAUUUAAAAUUUACAUUAUAUUUUCAGUCCACUCCUAUUUUUUUGUUAUUUGUUAAUCGUAGAUAAUUAAUCACACUAUAUCUCAGUGAUUUAAGUAACCUUUUUACCAUUAGCAUCAUAUAAUCAUCACUCUUAUUGAUAAGCAGCUCGAUUAUAGUCAGUUUUGACAUCCUUUAAAAGGAUAUAAAUAGUAUUUUUAUGUUCCUUCUAGUUUUAGUGACCUUUUUGUUGUAAUUUAGUGAAAAUUUAUAGUGACAAUCGAUAUUUUUUUUUGAGUUAUUUACCAAAUUUUGUUCAUUUUAGACCUAUUGGUUUAAAUAUUGCCUUUGGAAAUUGUAGAAAAAUCUAAACUAAACAGCAACUAAUCAUUUUAUUAUUUUUCAAAUUAGAGGUGAGUAAAUACUGGUUAAAAAUUAACGGUUAAAAAAUAACUAUACCUGCGUGGAAUCGGUUACGAAUGCGAAUCAACAUGCAAUUUAGUUUUAAACUCUAGUGAAUAUUUAGCACUGAACAGGAUACCAAGUAUGUUGUUUGUUCGACAAAAAGUGCCAAACAAACAUACAACAACGGAAAAGAAUGCAAAGCGUGUUUCAUUCCAAUUCAGUCUUGAUUAAAAAAUAUGAAGGAACCGAUUCAUAAACAAUUUUGAACAUCUCUAAUCGCAAACACAAAAUAUUUGCGCUUUUUGCAAUCAAUCCAAAGGCAACACUUGAAUCUUGACAUUUUAUUUAAUUUUUAUUGUUAGUACACACAUCUCAAAUCUUCCAUUUUAUUGGAUAGGAUGUAAAUAUAUCAUAAAAGCUCUCUCUGAAUGUAAUAAAUGAAAGGAAAAAGUUUUUAAUCUGAUCUAUUUGAAAAGUUUUGUUAAAUGUACAAAUCUAUGACGACAAGAUGCAAAUAUAGGAGGAAAUAGAGAAAGAUUGUAGAGGAAAUAAAGUUCCAUGACCAAUUAGUGAACUAGGAUCGGUCAAUAUGAAAUGAUACUCGUGACAAAUUAAUCAGAAAAUCCUAAAAGAAUAACAACUGCUUUAUUAUGAAUGAAAAGUAUUUGUUUAAUGCAAUUUUGGGCGAUAACGAUGAUGGACAAACACCACAUUUGUUAACAAUUACAUCCUUGCAAAAAUAUGGUAUUCUAACCAUAAUAAUUGAUGAUAUAAUUUAAAUUCUCCGAUUUUUUUUUUACAAAAUUAUCUGAAAACAAUUUCUUUUCAUUGUCAUUUUUUUGUAGCCCCACGUUGGGUGCCAAAAGAUCGAUCAAAAACUUUUUGAGCAGGUGCAAGUUGUGUUUUUUGUGAUAACUUUGUACUUAAUCUCCUUAGGAUGAUUUGUAAGAAAUUAAUACUGAGAUUAGGAAAAACUGUUUAUUUUUCUUCUUUUUAAGUAGUACCAGAGCACAAGUUACUGCAAAUCUUCAAAUGUUUAUGUAUACUAUCUUUUAGUUGUGUAAGCAAGGGUGUUAUUCGACCAUGAUCAAAGAUUUAAAUACGAUUCCAUUCGUUUAGAUCCAUCUCAUCAGUUCUUAUGUACAACAGACACCAAACAUGGCCGAAUUAGGAGUAUGAGCUUCUAUCAAAAUAAUAAUCCAUUAAGAAAUUGGAUUAGUAGGCAUCUCUGAACCUACAGUUCCUACAGGAGGUUUAAAAACCCCGCCAUUUACAUUACAUCACGGUAACUUACUUAGUCAACGUACCGAAAGGCAAGAACCAACUGUUAAUAGGAGUAAUCGAUAUAUCUGGAGAUCUAACCGUUGACAACCACUAUGUCUCUUCUGUUAGCUCAAUACGAGUUUCUGUUGACACAUUAUUCAGCGAAUAGUGCAGAGUUCCAGAUGGCUUAUAGGAACUGACUUCCCUCUAUGUUUAUACUCUCGGGAUAGCUUCGGAUUUCGGUUGUUUCACGAUUUCCUGAGAAGUCCUGAUGCCCAAUAAAUUGUGUGUAAGUGAAAAUUUUUAGAAAAAUGUACUGCAAAAGUGUAAUAGUGAAAAAAGUAUUUUUUUAUCAAUGCAAUCUUCUUUUACUUAAAUAUGGGUCGUUAAAACUAGUUUUGCACCAAAUAUGACAGUAAUUGCAAUAAUUCCCACCGUGCCUUUGAUUAGCGACAAAGCAGAUACAACCGAUAAAAAACAUUAAUAUUUGAUCAUGGUAGAACGACUUGCCAGGUAUAUUUGUUUAAUAUUUUUUAUAUGUUAGGUAUAUUAUAGAUAGGAAUAUUGUAGUAAUAAUUAUUGUUGUGUAGAAGAGGGGCCAGUCUACAUCGGCUUUUUCUAAAUCUAGUCAAACGAAAUUAAAAAUUGAUAGCCCAAAAUUUGCGCUGUGAUUUUAGAAUCCAGUCAACCCUUACAUGUUUUUAUAUUUAUUUUUUGAUUGGAUGCAUUGACGUUUUUUAUAUUAAUUAAAUUGACCGUAGAUCUGAGCCUAUUUGUAAGAUCUGUGAACGUUUGCCGCCGAAUUCAAUUUAUGAGUGACUUGACACAAGUCAUGCACUAGUAACGUCAUAACCGCCAAGUUAUAGCGACGAGGCUAAAAGUAACACGAAAACAGAACAUAUUAUCAGUCUUUUGUGACAAAAUAUAUACUACGAAUGAAAUAACGAGGUAAUAUGUGCGUUUAAGACACAGAAAUGGAAUAUAGUGUAUAAAAAAUAUUACAGUCAGUAGAUUCAGCAUUCUAAAAUAAAGAAAUAUGUUUAUGUGAAGCUGAUAAAAAAGGCUUUUGUGUUGAGGAGAAAGGAAAAACCAUUGUAACUCUCCAAUGCCAUUGUAAAAAGUUCUACAUAGAACACAAAGUUGUAAUAUGAAAAUUAAAAGUAUUAUUAGGAGAUUAUAUAUUUCUAUAUUCUUCGUAGGUACUUAACACUAACUUGUGUUAUGUAUGAUUUUAAGAAAUAAAAAUGAAAUGUAAUGGAAAAGUAUUGCAAUAACUAGAUGAAAAAUACCAAAAUAAAGAAACAUGUUGAAUAUUUUUAUUAAAGAAGGUAAUGCGAAAUUACUGUAUGUGUACUUUGAGAAAUAUUGUAGACAAUAGUUGAAUCCCCUAGUGCAUGAAAAGGUUAAAAGUACAAUUAAGCAGUGCAGUAGCAAGAUAGAUAUAUUUGUCUUCAUUUUUAACAAAGAACAUCAUAUAUUUACAAGGAGCAACAUGAAAAAGGUGGCAAAUUAUUGUUCACAGAUAUAUUUUAUAUUUAUGUGUAAAGACUGUUAACAGAUCUGGUGGAUAAUGAGUAUAAAUGUUUAAGAAAUUUAUAGGUUAACAAUAUAUAUUGGUAUUUUCCUCAUAAGAUUGUUCCAUGUCAUGCCAUUCGACAUUGUAGUUUUCGCACAAGGUUGCUGUACUAUCGAGAAAGUAGGGAAUUAUGAGAUGAUGAAAAUAUAAGGUUAUUAUUAUUAGUUCAUAGAUUUACCUUGUGCAUAAUGAAAAAUUACCACGACACGAAAUAAGAAAUUAUAGUGAAGGAUUUGUAUUGAAUUUAAAUAUAAAACAAAUUGCUACUUAAGGAUCUUAGACAUUUUAAAUUAAUUUAAAUAUCUUAGAUUGUUCCAUAUUAAUUUUUAAAGGAAAAUUAUCACCAUAAAGAGUUCGACGGGUCUUCGAAAAUGUUUUUGAAUCUCUAGAUGAUCAAAUAAUUUUAAAAUUUUGGUAUACAAGAUUAAAUUAGCAUUAGCAAGCCUGUUUGUUGAUAAAACUACAAAAAAUGCUUAUUCACAAUAUUUUUAGUUCAUUUAUGUUACACAAAGCUUUUUCACAUUCCAAACUGUCAUUUGCACUUUAUAAAUUAGAGUUCAUACUGUUUUUUUCAAUGAUAUUUUAAUAUAAAUUAUUGUUUUUGGGUACCAAAAUUCAAAUAAUUGUGAAUAUGAAGUACUCCAGUACAUUUCAUAUCGUUGUUAUGUGGUAAAAUUUGUUCAUAUAUGAACACUCACAAAUAUUUGUGUCAUUUCAUACUAUUAGCUUACUAGUAAUGAUGACAUGCAACAGAUUUAAGAGGAAAAAUGUGUAUCUUGCCAUUAUGUUUAAGUAUUAUUUUGCUUAAAGCUAUUUACUCUUGUGCAGUACAGUAUUUUUGCCUAUGUGAUUUUAUGUAUAUUAUUUUUCUGUUUUGUUUAUAUUUAAGUAAGCUUUUUGUGCAAUUUCGUCAAUAAAUAUACAUACAGUGAA